AUGUCCGGUUUCUUUUCGACCCCAUCUAAAGAUAUACAAGAACGUAAAAGUGAUAAUGAAAUAAAUCCAGUAAAUAUUCUUAACAUCAAUAUGGAUCCUUCAAUGACGCAAGAAUCAUCACCAGUUCCUGAAACAAUGAAAGAAAUUUUACAGGAUCAGCUUAAAUCACUACUAGAGGCACAAUUCAAUAUGCUAAAACAAGAUAUGCUUAAGAGUCUUGAAGAUAUAAAACAAGAUACUAACAGAAUUGCUAUAUCAGUGCAAGCUAUGGAAAAAAAACUUGUCUUGUUCGAUAAUCAAUUAGGCACAGUUAAUGAAACAGUGCAGUCAUUAACAAAUAAAACUUUAAUUUUGGAACAUAAAAUAGCUGCCCUAGAAGACAGAUCAAGACAAUUUAAUUUAAGACUUAGAGGAAUACCUGAAGAAAUAACAACGGAGAAAUUAAAAGAUUAUUUAUGCAGCCUAUUUAAAGAAGUCUCUCCUGAGACAACUGAUUAUCAAAUAGAAAAAUUUCAUCGAAUACGAAAACCUAACAUCAGGGCCGGCCUUAGGUGA